AUGCUUGAUGCGGCACCAAGCGCGGCCUCAUCCUGCGAGAGGACGGCCGCUGUUCUUGGAAAGCACCUUGCGGAGGGGGAGACCCUUGUGAAGGUGGUGCACUGCUCCAACUACUACGGGGCCGCGCUGUUUCGCAGCGGCAGCCUCGUGCUUCUGGCGCCGGAGUCCCCAGCACAGCACGGGACUGUUAUUGAGGGCGGCGAUGGGCAUGUUCGAGAUGUUGCCGCAGGUGCCACCCACAUUGUCUUUUGCAAGGAGGAUGGCACGGUGCAUUCGUUUGGCUAUAGCAACACUCACGGACAAUUGGGCGAUGGUACAGUCUGGAGGAGGUGGCCAGCUGCACCGGAGAUGCGCGAGGCCGAUGCGUCGGCCACUGCUGAGCGAGAGGAGGGGCUGCCGCAACUUUCCCCCCCGCAGAUGAUUGGCGGGUUUGGUGUUGGAAGGGGCGGCGGCGAAGCAGCCUUUAUGGACGGCAGGCUGCUCUCUGUCCCCAUCGCUGCGGUGGCGUGUGGUGCCUUCCAUACUUUGCUCUUGACAAGCUUGCGGAACUGCGUGUAUGCUUGUGGCCUCGGCGUGUCAGGGCAACUGGGGGGGAGACGGCGUCCGGUGCUGCAGCCAUCUUUCAGGUCGAUUCGGCUUCUGUUUGGAUUACCGCUCCGGCAGAUUGCGGCCGCGGGAAACCACUCCUUUGUGCUGCUGCAGACGGGAAAAUUGUUCGCCUUUGGGGAAAAUCUCUGCGGGCAGCUUGGGUUUGGCUCUGCCAAGGCCGUGCGCACGCCGCGGGCCGUAAACUUCAAUGGGGCCGCGCCUUGCGAGGAGACGCGGCGACCGCUAGACACAGCCGCGCUCAAGAGCUUGCGGGCGGCCCGGGGCUCGGCGGAGAGCAUGUACGUCCCGCUGCGCGUUGAACGCCUGUGUCCGGAGCGGGCGCCCGGUGAACCGUUUAUUGUCGCUGUGUGGUGCUGUCCUACUAUAACGGUGCUGCUCACGGAAGGGCUGGAGUGGCUGUCCUGCGGCCUCGCCCUGUCGCGAAGCCCAUGCGACCGCAAGACCUCCGCGCGUAGAGUGGAUCGUUAUGGCCCGCUUGGGCGAUGGUUGGCACACAAAGAGGAAGCCACAUUGUUUCGUAAGAUGCGGUGGUCGGAGCGGGUGGCGGCGGCGCUGAAAAGCGCGCUUCCCACUCACGCGCUGGAGGGCCCGUCGCUGGAGGAGGCGCUUGGCGCGAUGGAUGUGAAGUGUUCAACGAAAGCCGUGGUCUUGCUCCUGCGGCACGCGGCGGAGCCGCACGGGGCCCAUUUGUUUCUGCAGGGGGAGGUGCCAGAGCCCCUGCUAAUAGACCAGGCGGGCGGAACCCCGUUGAUCCCGGCUUACCGCGCUGAAAAACUUCUGUACGAUCACGACGUGGACGACGACGCCUUCGAGUUCACCCUCGCCGAGGCGCAAGGCAUCUUCGCCACGGAGGCUUUCAUGGGUGUCGUGUAG